AUGGCUCGGUUGUCGGGAACGGUGGAGGGGGCGGCGGUGAUGGGACGGAUUCCCGAGGAUGUGCUGCCGUUUUUGUUGCGAUUGCCGAGCGCGGGCGGAGACGCCGAGGCGCUGCGACGGUCGGCGUCGGGGGUGGCGGAGUGGAAGAACGCCUUGUCCAGGGGGCUCUUACCGGACGCCGACGUGAUUUGGCCCGAGGACGACACGUUUCGCGAGGCGAUGAUCGAGGCGCUGGGGGAUUUAGACAUGGCGCGGUUCACUCGGCGGUUUCCACCGGUUUUGGACACGCUCAUGAAGAACAUACUGGAUAUUCUGUACAUUUACGAACGCGAUCGCGUGGAAGAGGACGGCGAACCGGAGAUGCCGCCGAGUGAUCCUCAGGAUUCACAGAGUAUGAGCGACGGCGAGGGCGAGGGUGAGGCCCAGGGGAGCGGCGCCGGAGAUGACUCCGACGAGGAUGGCGACGGCGAGGAGCAGAGUCAGGCGGGCGGCCAGGGAGGGGGUGGGGACGAUGUGGACGGCGACGAUAACGUGGACGAUUUCGAUGUUGGCGUCGAUGCCGAGCAGGCGGCGAAGGAACAAGCGAAGGAGCAAGCGAAGGAGAAGAAUAAGGAAAUGGUGCAGAAACUUAUGGAGGAUUUCAAGGAGCAGUGGGAGCCAGCGGUGGAUAAGCUCGACAAGGCGGCAAAAGCGUUUGAGGGUCUAAACUUGGACGAUCUCGCGGACGGUCCCGAAGGAUUCGAUCUCACCCGCGGUCUGUGGCAGCAGACGGGAUGGAAGGAGCUCGAUUCGCUUCGUAAGAAGCUCCAAGAUUUGCGCGAGUUGCGAGACAUGGUGCGCAGUUUAGGACGAGGGAGCGGGCGCGGGCCUCUUCGCCGAGCGCCGCGUCAGCGCGAGCGUCAGGGCUUUCCGAUGGGCCUCGUGCGAAGCCCGAUGGAGCCCGAGGAAACAGCGGGACUGUGUCGAUCGGAUGACAUUUCGCGCAUGAUGCCAAGCGAGUUGACGCUCCUCGCAUCCAGUUUGCCACAGGCGCGGCUGCUACACUUUGCUCGCCGUGCUGAGCACACGUUGCUCUCGUACGAGCGCGUGGGGUGGUCAGAGGAACCAGCGAUCACGAUUGAGGGUUUUGAAACGCGUCCCGCCGCGGAGUGCGGACCGAUCAUCGUCUGUCUCGACACCUCUGGCUCGAUGAUGGGCGCGCGUGAAACUGUCGCCAAGGCCAUGGUGCUCGAGUGCAUGCGUCAGAGUCGAGCGCAGCAGCGCGCGUGCUUCUUGUACUCUUUUAGUGGACCCGGUGAUUGCCAAGAGCUCGAGCUCAAGCUCAACGCCACCGGGCUGUACGGCCUCUUGGAGUUCCUCAGCGGUUCGUUCCACGGAGGCACCGACGUUGACGAGCCGUUCAAUCGCGCCCUCUCUCGCUUAAACGAGGCCGAGUGGUCCAACGCCGACAUCUUACUCGUCACCGACGGCGAGAUCGCACCGCCGGACGAGAACUUGGUCGCCAAUCUGAACGAAGCCAAGGAAGAGAUGGGACUGAAGGUGCACGGAUUGCUCGUCGGAGACGCCGGAGACCCGGACGUAAUGAAGUCCCUGUGCACGCACACGCACAAGUUCCAAUCCUGGAGCGCCGUGGGCGGUAAACCGUCGUGA